ACAGAAGCAGCCUCACUCAUCUCAGUUCCGUGUAUCGUAGACAUGCAUUGAAACCCUCAUAAGCUUUGGUUUAGACGUCAACAUGAACAGUGUGAUGGUCAGGGACCAGAGGUUGACCCACCAUGGUCGGCACUGUCAAAGUAAAUCAAAGAUCUGCAGACGGAGGACUCUGCAUCAAAGCACCUUGGACCUGGGUGACACAGCACCCUGCUAUACCACCACCCACAGCCAGAGUUAUUCUGGGGUGUCUGCUGAUGGACAUCCUCUCAUCUUCCACCUGAGAGAUCCUAGCUUUCCCUCCCAGCACUGGACCCGGCUGGAGCUCAGUACCAGCAGCAAUGCGCUACAGGGGCCACUGCAGGGGCCGCUGCAGUCACACAGUGCAGACGUGCACGGGCCCAAACACAUAACCCUGAGGACCGACCAGAGGGAAUUGAACUGGGUUCGGUACCUCAGUGGCUGGGUAGUCAGAGACAUCACUAACCCACAGUCCCCCUCUGAGUCCUGGACCUCCCACAGAGCAGGACACACACUCCCAGCAGCAGAGGAACCCUGUCUGCAAGCUGGAGGCAGAGCAACACAGUGGCAUCAACACAACAUACUGACAGGUGAGCCAAGGCAGCAGGCGGGGGGGCAAAGGGGUGCCUUCAAGAGGCGCAGAGAUGAACUGCUGUGGAUGACGAGGCCCCGGGAGACAGACUGCACUGCCUUCAGACUGUACUGA